AUGAAUUUCAUCCCAGACUGGGUUCUCCACUCCAUCUACGGACUCCCAGCGCCAACAAAUGGAAAGCGACAAGAGCCCAUGCAAAUCCUGGCUGUCGGGAUCUCCAGAUCUGCAACCGAGUCUUUACGCGAAGCACUGCAUAUCCUAGGUGUCAAGCAUGUCCACCAUGGCUUCGACACCAUCCUCCCACCAUCCUCCCUCGAGGCAACAUACCGUCUCCUCCAGAAAAAGUACAACACGACACCGAACAGCGGCGACACCAAAAAGUUGACAGCUGAGGACUUUGACACCAUCCUGGGAAACUGCGUUGGAGCCAGCGACCUCCUAGCCGCAGAGUUCGCACCAGAGCUAAUCGCCGCAUACCCCAACGCGAAAGUGGUUCUCAAUGUCCGCCGCGACCUGGACGGUUGGUAUGCCAGUAUGCAGCAGACAAUGAGAUACUUCGAUAAGAAUCCCGUCGACUGGGAUUGGUGCAAGAGCUGGUUCAGUGCGGAGCUGUUCUGGAUUCGGCAGACGAUGUGCCGGACCAUGAUGCCGCGGUUCUUUCGUGGCAGCUUUGAAUCGAACGGCAAGUGGGUUUACGAACAGCAUGUUGCCUUGAUCAAGGGGCUGGGAUUACCGGAAGAUAGACUGCUCGAGUGGUCUGUGGAGGAUGGCUGGGAGCCUCUCUGCAGGUUUCUGGGCAAGGACGUGCCAUCUGGAGAAUUUCCGAAUGGGAAUCCGCCCAAGGCGUGGGCAGAGCGGAUUGCCCGGACAAUGGAGGCUCACCACAAACGGGCGAUCAAAAAUAUGCUUGUGUUUGUGGCGUUUUUGGUUGCGAUUUCAGCGGCAUUCCUCUCACUUUAUCUAUAG